CACUGUUGGCUGUUGAUGUUUUUUGUUUUGACAAAUUCCAAAUCCAAAAUUUAGCACAGAGAAAGCUUAUUAAGUUAAAUGCAGAAAAAUGUCAAACAGUACAUGCAUAUAGACAUUAUGGAUAAGCUACGCGGCAGCAGUAAUGCUGCCGGCAGUGGGCAGACCUCGGAGCAGCAGAUCGACCAUUAUCCAAAAAAUUUUAUAGAACAAUAUUUGCGAGCUUCAACAAAAAUCAAAAAAAUCGAACGAGUGGUCUUCUUUAAACGCUUUGCUCCCAAUGUGGCCGACGUGCAGGCAGAGUUCCAGCGCUUGGCUUACAAAUUUGAGGAAUCUGGCAUUAUGCAGUAUGCAGCCAUGUGCCACAUAGGCUUUGCCAAGUGCGAGUCCUUUAAUGGAGCAGCUCAGCGCGAGUCUGAGGCUUAUGUGCGUGCGGCACGCGGUUUCCUGAAGGCACACAACGAGUUCCGCCAGCUGCACUUGCGCAGUGGACAAAAUGGAUUUCGUGAGGGCGCGCUGCACUGUUAUCACAAGGCUGCGGAACGUGUGGCCGAUACGGGCGUCUUUAAGGCGGCCGUGUUGCGAGAGCUGCAACAACUGGAGCGACAGUUGGAGCGCACCAGUAGCUUUGCCUCGCCAGCCCAUCAGAUAAACGAACUGGAGCUGAACGCAGACCUGAGCAUUCAACGUGCAGACUAUCGUGGUGGGCUGCAGCAAUUAGAUGAUAUUGUGGACAAUAUUUAUGAGCGUCGUGCGCCGUUAAUGUACGAAGAGCUGCUGCGUCGCGUUGAGGUGCUGCGUCUGCUGCUGUUGGUGCAUCUCAAUUUACCACCUGCACGUCAAUCGCCCGCACACAUUAAGCUAAUAGAGUACUACUAUACAUUGGCACAAUUUGAGACGCCGCUGAGCCCCCGGACACCUCGGAAGGGCUAUAGCAAUGAGCCUGUGGAGAAGCCCGGCGCCUUUGUGCCACAAGAGCAACAGAGUGUGCUAGCGGAGAUUAUCUGCUGCUGGGUGGAACGCAAAAUGUGCGAUCUGAAGCAUUUGAUGCAUAGUUUCGAUUUGGAAUUUAGCUCCAUUAGCCAGUCAGAGCGUCAGCUACUAAAAACUAUUCACGCCGAGUUAUCUAAAAAUUACUAAAGCAGCCGCCCUGGGGGCCAAGCUACUGUAUAUUCUAGCUUAUUGUAUUUGUAUAUCUAACGUUUAAGUAUAUAAUCGAGUCUACCAACUAAAAUUUUCAACGUGCCUGCAUUCACUAUGUAAACUACAUAUAUACAUAUGGGGAUAUGUUCGUAUAAUAAUAAAAUGAGA